AUGUCGUCUCUUACUAGGGGCCGAUGUGCCCUCCGAUCCCAAUUCAAUCCACACAUCGCCACCCAGAGACAAUUACACCCUUUCUCCCGCGCGCCUCGACUCUUCUCAACCUCCGCGGCAUCGCAAGCCGCCAAACCCAAAGAUGAACCAUCCACCGUGACAACACCACCAGCAAACCAAAUCAACGCACCCUCAAGCACCCUCCCUGCCCCACUCGACCUCCCGAUCAUCCUCCCCGCAACAGCCCAGACAGCAGACAAACUAAAACGCCUCGUCACAAUCGGCCGCGCAUACCUGGCCUUCUACAAAACCGGCCUCAAAAACGUCUUCCGCAACUACCGCGCUUCCCUCCCGCUGCGCGCAUCCCUAGGUCUCCCAGCCUACAUCCCCAUCUCUCCGCCGCGCAAACCCUCCGAACACAAUGCGUCCCGCAAAGGCCUCGACAUGGGCCGCGGCCAGUUCCAACUCGUUCGCCGUUCCGCACGCGACGUGCGCCGCAUGAUCCCGUUCACCUUGAUCCUGAUUAUCUGCGGGGAAUUUACCCCUCUGGUCAUCCCCAUCUUCGGCUCGGCGAUCACGCCCGCUACGUGUCGUGUGCCCGGCCAGGUCGCCAAGGAGCGGGAGAGUGCGUCGAAACGCAAGAAUGCGGCGAUGAGAGCGCAUGCGCGAGUCGUGGAGCCUUCGGCGUUGAACCCAGUUUCUGUGGGUAGUAAGGAAGAGUUGAGCUUGCUUGCGGAGUUUGCGAGCCCGCGCUGGGUGAAGGAGGCGGAUAGCAAUGCUGUGUUGAGGGCUUGUGCGGUUUUCGGACUCGUUAAAAGCCAUGAGAGGUUGGGGGGCGUGGCGUUGGCGGGGUUGGUUUAUCGGCCUAGGUUGCAGCGGUAUGUAGAGUAUUUGGCUAUUGAUGAUGGCAUGAUGAGGGCUGGUGGGGGUGUGAAGAGGCUUAAUGCUGAUGAGGUGCGGAUUGCGUUGGAUGAGCGUGGUGCCGGGGAUGUGGCUGCUUUGUAUGCUGGGGAGAAGGUCGAAAGGGCGGAGAGGAAGUGGUUGGAGAGCUGGUUGGACGUUAGGGAGGGUGAGGUGCAUAGUACGACGGGGGAGAGUCGGGUGUUGUAA